AUGACUGCACCUGAAGAAUCGUCCUUCUCCUUUGACCAAGUUGUGACUGUCGACAACUUUCAGAGUGUCCAUGCUGAGCUCCUGCAGCCUCUCACUGACUCCAUGUCCUUGGGUUAUAACGGAGCUCUGCUGAUAUGUGGAGUCCCCACAGAGAGCUUUUGCUCUCUGAUUGACCGCAGCAUCAUCAAACAGCUCCUGGCAGAGCUGUUCAGUCGCAUCUUGUCACAGGUGAAAGAGGAGUUGCUCAUCUCUGUGUCGUUCCUCCAGUUUUAUCCAGAUGGCAGUGCUGUGGAUGUUCUGAGCCCCAACAGACAGACUUUAAAACUUGUAACGCACCCAGUCCUUGGAAGUCUUGUAGGAGGUGCAUGUGAGGUGUGUGUGUGUUCAGAAGAGGAGGCCUCUGCUCUGUAUGAAACCUGCAGGGAGACACUGAAGGCCCGAGCAGACUCCAUGUCCAACAGAUGUAGUUUCCUGUUCUCAGUGGCUGUUGAGUGGAAACUUCAUCCGGAGGAGGAGGAGGAGUCGGAGAUGUGCCGCAGCCGGCUGCAGCUGUUCGGCUUGGCAGGAGGAGCGAGCAGGACGGACCUCAGAGGAGUCAGUCCACUGGUGAAGGUUGUGGACCAGAUCUCAUCCGGAGCUUCAACAGCUGACCAGCUCCUCCCUCUCCUCCUUCACGACGCCUUGACAGGAAACAGCAGAGCGGUCCUCAUUUACUGCAUUAACCUGCAGGGCCUUCUGGAUUAUGAGACCCCCUCUGCCUUAGCUUUGGCCCAGAAGGUGAGGGGCUUAGUGAAUAAAGCCACUGUUGGUCGCUGGAGUCCAAGAGCGGCCGAACGGGAGAUCCGAGAGGAAAUCAUGGCACUGCAAACCAUGAUGAUGUCACAGGCUGGAAGUGAAGUUCAGAACACUCACAGGCUGGCAGAGCUGAGUCAAAACCUACAGAUUGUGAAGAAUCAGUCAUGGGAGAGAAGGAGGGACGAGUCGAAGAAAAUAAAAAGCAAAACACAGGAGCGUCGUCAGACCCCGAACCGCAACUGGCACAGCAGUGAUCACAGAGAGGAAACUGACAGAAAGAAGUAUUUACAAGACCAACUGAAACUAGAGAUGGAAGAACACAUCAGAGAGGGUAAAGGGAAUGUGGAGAAAGUCAUGGAGAGAGUGGCUCGAAUCCAGGAGCUGAAGGAGGCUCUCAGAGAGGAGACACUGAAGAACGGGGUCGUUACAGAGAAAUCUGACCUCAGUCAACAAGUAAAGCAUUGUGUAUAAUUUCUGCCAUU